AUGGCUGCUACCAAGUGGCUACUGCUCCUUUUCUCAGUGGCCCUGUUGGGCCUGAGCUCUGCUCAAUACACAGGAGAGGAUGAACAAAAUUCACAAGAUCCACUAAUUGAACCACUACCAGAUGACUCCCAGCAGGGUGAUCAACAACCUGAAUCUCAAGAUGCCCCUGGAGAUGAUGAGUCAGGAGGUUCAGUCCCAUGGGGUCAACAAGGUGGCCAACAGGGAGGUCCUCAAGGUGGACAGCAGGGAGGCAGUCCAGGUGGUCAGCAGGGAGGACCUCAAGGUGGACAGCAGGGAGGCGGUCCAGGUCGUCAGCAGGGAGGACCUCAAGGUGGACAGCAGGGGGGCCGCCCAGGUCGUCAGCAGGGAGGACCUCAAGGUGGACAGCAGGGAGGACCUCAAGGUGGUCAGCAGGGAGGCCCUCAAGGUGGCCAGCGGGGAGGUCGUCAAGGUGGUCAGCAGGGAGGCCCUCAAGGUGGCCAGCGGGGAGGUCGUCAAGGUGGUCAGCAGGGAGGCCCUCAAGGUGGCCAGCAAUGA